AUGGCGCCGACACGAAGCACUCCCAAGAAGACUCAGGCUGCCACCAAGAAAGCCGGAAAGGCUUCUGGUGGCAAAGUCAAGAAGCAUAAGACCUCCAAGGGUGGCAAGCCGUCCGGAAGCAGCACCAUCGCCAACGCCGCCGCGACCGCUCUCAGUGCCUUGGUCAACGCUCCUGACACUGUUGGUCGCACCAUCAUCAAGGUCAAGAACGUCUGGGGAUACUACUUGGACGACAACGAGGAAAUCUUCGUCUGCAAGGAGUGCGAUUCCGAACUGAAAGCCACCAAUGGCAACUUAAGCACCCAUUGGAACCACAUCCACGAUCCGAAGGCCAAGGCUGCCCGCAUGAGAGCGGAGAUCUCACCUCCCAUCCCUUGCUGUGAGAGCAACGAGUGCACCUACAUGAUCGCGAAGGGCCACAACUGGGUCCGUCACUUGUAUGCGAACCACAAGCACCGGGGUUCUGCAAUUCCUUAUCUCCAGAACUACGGAAUCAUCCCCUUCGAAUUUCCCGCUGUCCUUCGAGAGAGAGACUCAUUGUUCUUGGCGUCUUUGUUGCUCGGCGUCUUUGGCGUUGGCGUUGAGAGCUCCGAGCGCAUGAACACUCUCGAGCUUGGGUGGGAGCAUCUUGCCUUGGGGUAG